AUUCACUCCAUUAUGAGGCGAGAGGAUGCUGCAUCUAGCGUCUUCAUUGUUCGGGAAACUUGCCACUUUCAUUGAAGAUUUCACCCAAAGGAGACGGAUGAUGGCUGAAAUUAAGGAGCUGCCAUUUCAAUUUCCAGAGCUAGCUCAUAUUGAUCAUAAAAAGUCAUGCCCUAGGUAUAAUGCGGUGGUUGACAAAGAGGAAGAGAAUGGAGCCAUUAGUUUAGAGGAGCUUGACUGUCUCCAGCUGGAGCUAGAAACCAUGUUAGCAGCGGUAACGAGAAGGAUCCGCCAGAUUCAACAGGAGGUCCAAAGCAUGGCGGAUCUUCAAGAAGUCAAGAAAGAAAAGAAAGGCAACAAACCGGUGAAUAACCUUUUCUCACAGGAUAAGAAAGAGGACAGUACAACUGGGAGUGGGACACCUUCAGGCAAACGAGGAAGAACUGAGGAGAAGUCGGAGAAGCCACCCAAAAAGAUGAAAGAGUCGAGCGGAAAGGGAGGAAGUACCGCCACCCCAGGGGGCGGUUCUAAUAGACCAAAGGCAAAGAGUAUGCAUGAGUAUGAGUUUACCGAUGAUCCGCUUGCCGACGCCGCACCCCCUCGCAUGCCUCGCAACGACACCAUCGAUCGGUUCUGGGCGUCCGUGGAGCCAUACUGCGCCGACAUCACCAAUGAAGAUCUGAAGGUACUGGAUGAACUGAUCAAAAGCGGGGAGGAGGAGUCAGAAUACUUCAAGGUCCCAUCGCUAGGGAAGCACUACUCUGUGCGAUGGGCGCAUGAAGAUUUACUGGAAGAGCAGCGAGAAGGUGGUAGAAUCACAGACAAAAAGAAAGGACCUUCACCAAACUCCAAAGAAGCAAAGUCCAUGCUGAAGAAAGCUGACAGACCUGACGAUGACUGCUGUCCAUUUGGUACCCUGACCCAGCGUCUCAUCUCAGCUUUGGUUGAAGAGAAUAUCAUGUGUCCUUUGGAAGAGGAGUUCCUCAUGGAUACCACUAAGGAGGAGAAUGGAACGAUCACUGAUGGGGGUACGGCGACUUCUCCUAAGAAUGGAAACCGACCGUUCACUGUCCCACACACCAAGGCGCUUGAAGCUAGAAUAAAGGAGGAACUCCUGGCUCAAGGACUGCUUGAUAUGGACGACCCAAUGAUCAUGGGGGAGGAGGAUGAAGUCUUGCUUGAGCUUCAGAAGAGACAAGAAGAACUGAAAGCUCUCUACGCCCACAACCGCUCUCAGAAACAACGCCUGGUCAAACUUGCCAAAGAGGAGAUAAAGCGACAGGAACUCCGACAGAAGCUACGUGCUGCCGACAAUGAGUGCAUUGACUACUACCGCCGAAUUAUGGCUGCCAAACAAAAGAAACGUUCGCCGACCAAGAAGGAACGAGAUGCCGCUGCCAAAGCGCUCCGAGACCGGGAAGCGAUCAUCAAGCAAUUGGAUGCUCUUUGAACUCUGCGUUGCUCUGGACUUUAAGAGGAACCUCGGAAUCAGGGUCCAUCAGGAAAUAAAGUUCAGACUUUGAUAUUGGACAAGAGUUAAAAGUGGAUGUUUGUUCAGGGUAUGUGGUGUAAAUGAUGUUUGCUGACUCACAUAAUUAUUUAUGUAUGGUAACUGUACAUACAACCUCCUGUACAUCAGUAUAUACAACCUCCUGUUCAUCAGCAAAACACAUACAUAUGCCUGUAUUUGCUUAGGUUAUAUGGAGAAAGUGUCAUUUUUGCUGACUCACAUGUACAUAUUUGUGUAUGGUAACAGUAAGUGUUAUAAUAAUAAUAAUAAUUUUUUUUUUUUUUUUCCCUAUGCGUUCUCUUGCCCAGGGUUGCGCUGCAAGUCAUUCUGCGCUGUAGUUAGCACAGCUACCAAGUAGUACUAAUUUUCAGUAUUUAGUACUGAAGAAUGAGAAGAAUACUAUUGGUUUCAUGCAAAUUACUGAUAUCUUAAGUUCAGUUUUAUGUGUUUUCCUAUGGUAUUUCUUUGAAAAUACUGAUUUCCUCACCAAAAUACUGAUUUUCAGCGUUUAAAAUACUGAAAUGUUCAUGUUUUGGUUGGCGGCUCUGAUUUAGGUGGCCAUUGCAGUUUGGAGAGGUGGCAAGUCUCAUGUUGCUCUGUGUGAGACUCAAUAGUCUCUAGUAGCUUGGUUUCAUGUCAUUUUUUCCUAUGACAAUUUCAACUGAAAAUGCGUAUACAAGCCUGGGCCCAUCUUUCAAAGAGUUAAGAUUGAUCAGGGCCCCGUCUUACAAAGAGUUACGAUUGAUCCAAUCAAUCUCAAAUAUAUGGAAAUGCAUCAUUGUCAUCAUUUUUCAUUUAGGAAAUUUGCUCAAUGUCCAUUGAAAACAAAGAGAAGCAUACUGAAUUGUCAAGAAAACAGUGAACGUAUGAAUAUUUCUAGAAAAUACUUUGAACAAACAUAUAGCUUUCCUUGAACAUCAUGGUACUGGGGCUUUGUAACACAAAAAUCAACAAUUGAUCUUUUCUGAUUUUAAUAAUAAUAAUAAUGUGUCUUAUAAAGUGCCAAAUCCACUCUGUAGAGUGCUCAAGGCGCAUAAAGAGCUAAGAGUUAAAUAAAAAAGUUUUUAGAAGAUUUUUGAAAGUCUCGACAGAUGUACAUUUUUUAUGUCUUCAGGAAGGCUAUUCCAUAAAGUGGGGGAUGCAAAAGCAAAUGAUCUUUCCCCCAAAGUUUUGAAACUUUUGGAAUAACAAGGAGGCCAGAAGUGAAUGAGCGCACAGACCUGCUUGGUCUCUUGUAAUUGAUAAAUGAAAGACUGUAUUGUGGUGCUGAUCCAAGAAUACUAUGAAAAGCAAGCAACAAAAUCUUAAAGAUAAUCUGAUUUUUGGUAGGGAGCCAGUGCAGCGAAUUCAAGAUGGGAGUGAUAUGAGAGUGUUUAUUUGACAAAGUAACAAUAAGAGCAGCUGCAUUAUGAAGCUUCUAAAGCUUCUUUAUAUAAAUGAGACUGCGGUAAAUUGAAAUUUUUAAAUACUGCAAUGUUCUUUACAGGUUGCCAGCUCUGGAAAGAGAGCAAAGGAGAGAGAGAGAGUGUGU